GCCGUUGCGCCAUUCAAAGAGAGGAUUGCGAUGCACAUGCUGGUAUCCGCGAGACAACGUCGUUUGACACCAAAAACUGGAGGGAUCGCUCGUAUCCGAGGCAACGCCACUGACUCACAUCGGGAAGCUGGCACCGCCAUGGAAGAAAGUGACGUGGAACUGUUCCAGGUCAGCGACCUCAUGCAGCGACACCACUCGCUUCCCGAGACGUCUUCGGACGCGAGGCUGCGGAGCAGAGUGAACGUCAGCAGUACGCCGAAGCGAGCCAGUAACGUCAUCACGAGCCGGAUUGGUCACUUGGACUGCCACACCGACCCUGUGACGAGGAAGCGUCCACGGACUUCCUUCUACCUCGAGCAGGGUCCGAACUCUUUCACUCCGGCCAGACAUCUGCCGACGCCGAUCAAACCGCGAGCGUCGCCGUCCGAGAUAGCUAGCUGCUUCUCGGGCGAGUCUAAGCACAUCAGCUUCGUCAGCGGUCACCCGUGGCCCUGUGGCCACAGCUCCGGAGAACAGGUGGUGGGAGCUGUCCAUAGUCUGGCUUUCAGCAGCGGACCGAUCUGCCGGAUUUGCCAUGAAGGUGACCAUGCGGGACCGCUGUCGUCGUACUGCGCAUGCGCAGGCACCAUGGGCGUGCUGCACUAUCGCUGUCUCGAGCGCUGGCUCGUAACCAGCAACACCGACUCGUGCGAGCUCUGCCACGAGCGUUUCCCGACGACGCGCGUGCGCCGAACGCUGUCCGAGUGGUACCGAGAAGCGCCGAACCUGCGCCGAGCCGUCGUCGCCGACGUCGUCUGCUUCGUCCUGCUCAGUCCGAUAGCCGGGAUGGGACUGGAGCUCUGCGUUCAAGGGGCCACGACGCAGACAACGACCCGACAGGUGGUACAGGCUGGCAGUCUUAUCGUCCUCUCUAUGCUGCUGAUAACGGCGUUUCUGAUCUGGUCGUAUUUCACGGUCAGGUAUCACUAUCGCUGCUUUCGCGACUGGCAAGAGGACAACGCCAAGAUCGUCCUGGUGCCUCGCGGGGACUUCAGGAUUGACGUUGAAGAGUCCCCAACUUGAAAUUGGUUAUUGUUGUUCGCUUUCUUUUUUCUUUUUUUAAAUCCCGUGUCGUUUAGUUUUCUUUUAUCUGCUCUUAAGUAUGUGCUGAAAACGCUGUUAUGUGAGGACCUAUGUAACGAACUGUUUUUAAUCUUCUCCUGGUGUAUUAA